AUGGGAUCCGCAACCCCCAACUCCGCGGGAUUUAAGAUUCUCGCCGCCACCGACGAUGACUUCUUUGCCCUAGCCCAAGUCGAAGCCCUAGCCAACGACACAGCCACCCAAACACCGAUAGAAGCCAACAUCUCUCGCCUAAUGUUCGGUCUUCCCAAUGAGGAAAACCACAAGUUUCGCUCCAAGGGCAUGAUCGAGAGGCGUCGCGAAGAUAAGUCCAUGAAGGACUACAAGGUCGUUGUGGAAGAAGAUGGAAAAGAGAAGAUUGUCGCGUGGGCUUCAUGGAACUUUUAUACCGACGAGCAAGUCAUUAAGGAUUGGACUAAUAUUACCUGGCCCGAGACUGCUAAAGGCGAUGCAUGCAACGAUAUUAUCGGGCGCAUGACGACCUUGCGACAAAAGCACAUGUCUGGCAAGAAUCACGCUUUCCUGCAAGUACUCGCUACGCUUGAGGAAUAUCGUGGCCAGGGAAUUGGAUCGGAUCUUCUCCGACAGGGUAUUGCGGAUGCUCAGGAGCUGGGCUUGCAUGAUUUCUGGCUGAUGGCCUCUGCGGAUGGUCGUCCUUUAUAUGCUAAAUUCGGUUUCCAGGAUGUCGAACCUUUGACCCUGGAUCUUGAGCAGUAUGGGGGAUCGGGCGACCCAAAUGUCAUGGCUAUGAGGCGGUUUCCAAAUUGA